CAAUAUCUCUUACCAUUAUUUAUUUAUAAGAUGGAGUUCUAGGCCCAACCAAAACUUAAUUCACAUUCUCCAUAUUUCCAUCCACAUUCACUCUCUCCCAAAAUCUCCUUCAAAAUUUUUAUCCGCCAUGGGAGCUCUUGAGGAUUUCGAUAAGGCUUUCAUCCAAGCUCCAGAGCACCGCCCCAAGCUCGCCGUCUCCGAAGCCGAUGGUAUUCCCACCAUCGACCUCUCUCCCAUCUUCAACUCCCCCGGUGGGGAUUUUCCCGACGAUCUAGUCCGACAAAUCGCCUCUGCUUCCUCGGAGUGGGGAUUCUUUCUGGUGGUCAACCACGGCGUCCCGUCCGAGAAGCGGCGGCGGAUAGAGGCCACUGCCCGGGAAUUUUUCGGGCAGAGUUUGGAAGAGAAGAGGAAAGUGAGGAGAGACGAAGGGGUUGUGACCGGCUAUUUUGAUACGGAGUUGACCAAGAAUGUCAGAGAUUGGAAGGAGGUGUUUGAUUUCAUGGUGGCGGAUCCGACCGUCGUUCCGGCGUCGCCGGAGCCUGAUGACGACGAGUUGACUCAUUGGACCAAUCAAUGGCCGGAAUACCCACCGGAAUUCAGGGAGGCUUGUGAGGAAUAUGUUGAAGAGUUAGAGAAACUUGGCCACAAAUUAAUGGAACUGAUCGCCGUUAGCUUGGGAUUGCCAGCAAAAAGGUUUCGAGAUUACUUCAAAGAGCAAACAAGUUUUGUGAGACUAAAUCACUAUCCAUCGUGCCCAUCCCCGGAGCUGGCACUCGGUGUCGGCCGCCAUAAGGACCCCAGCGUCUUGACGGUGCUCGCUCAAGACGAUGUCGGAGGACUAGAAGUGAAAAGGAAGAGAGAUGGAGAGUGGGUUCGAGUCAAACCUGUACCCGAUUCUUACGUCGUGAAUGUUGGUGAUAUUACUCAGGUUUGGAGCAAUGAGAAGUAUGAGAGUGUGGAGCAUAGGGCUAUGGUAAACAGCAAAAAGGAAAGAUAUUCCAUUGCCUUCUUCUUCAACCCAUCUCAUUCCACCAUUAUUGAGCCUUUAGAAGAGCUCAUUAAUCCCCAAAACCCUCUCAAAUACAAAUCUUUCACUUAUGGGAAAUUCCUUGCCAACAGAAAACGCAGUAACUUCAAGAAACUUAAUGUUGAAAACAUUCAAAUCUCCCACUUCAAGAUCACCCACUAGUUUCUAUAUAUUACUCUAUUUAGGGACUAUCUGAUUUAAGGUUUGAUUGGAAACUCGUUGAUAAUAUAUGUGAACUUGAAGUAAUAAAUGUUAAAGGGCAUUUGUAUAAUUAAUGUAUCAUCACAAAAAAACUAUAAUUAAGUUUGGAAAAGGUAAAUAAUUGUGAAACUUGAGGAUGAUCAAGUUUAAUUAAUGUGAUCCAUAUUCGUCAUUGGUGUA